AUGAUUGAUCUUGAGCACGAAGCUCUACACAAAGGAAACCAUCCUGAUUAUAUAGACCUUCGUCCUCCAUUGGAUCUCUUGAAUCCUGAGAGUUUGUGGACCUUCGAUUCGUAUGGACCUACGAUUCGUAUGGACCUACGAUUCGUAUGGACCUACGAUUCGUAUGGACCUACGAUUCGUAUCCCUGAAUAUGCAGGGUCCAUCACGUGA